GUAGGAUUAAACUGACUGGCACGCCCGCAUCUCAUUAAUCUUAGAACCUGCACAGGAGCUAAGCAGAUUUCUCAGGCCGGUGUAUUCGAUUUUUUCAUCAACAAAAACCACGGACACCAAGGAGAGCACCGAGUUGAAUACCUUGUAGUGCCUUUUCUACCCUAAACAGUUAUAACAAUCAGUUGCUUUUCUACCUAUGAAUAUAAAAGAAAAAAUGGUGAAGCUAAAGGUCCUCUCAAUUAUUAUGCAAAUAAAAAGAUUAUACUGGAAACUGUUACUCACUCUGCUUGAAAAUGAUUGUCGGAUUUAUAGACUGACUAAAAAUUAUUGAUUGAACAAUCUAAUUAUUUAGCAUUAAAGUUGUAUCAUUUAAUUUAAUCAAGAGUACAUUGUUAACUCAUGUUGUUGCUCAAAUAAACAAAAGUUAAAAUCAUCUACACUCGGUACUGAAACCGCAAGUAUUUGUGAACGAAGGUAGUAUCAUCAUAUAGUAUACCAGGAUUUUCUCUUUUUCUAACCAAAGAAGAAAAAAAAUGAAAAAUGAAGCUUGAACACUUUUAAAUCUGUAAAGCAAACGAUGAAAAGAAAAAAAAAAGGAGAAAAGAGACACACGAACAUCUGGCGGUCUGGCCCGGUGGCAAUAUUCCGUUGCUUAGCACACAAGCAUGGCAUGCAUUCCUUCCUUCUCCACCGCCAUAUGCAGCCAUGGCCAAGCAAGCUCCAACCUCACUCCCCCCUACAUAUGCAGCAUCAACUUGCACACAUAUACUGCAUUCCCAAUUCCAAUGUACAUGCGAUAUAAUCAUACAGAGAUCAGCUAUAGCGAGGCAUACAUUGUACAUACACCAGCAGAGGUCGAGAUCGAGUAGGUUUUAGUUGAGAUCGAUUGAGGCUGAGCAUCGUCUAUGGCGCCGCCGGCGGCGAGCACGGACUGGGGGCCGAUCAUCGUGGCGGUGAUCCUGUUCGUGGUGCUGUCGCCGGGGCUGCUGUUCCAGCUGCCGGCGAGGGCGAGGGUGGUGGAGUUCGGCAACAUGGCAACCAGCGCCAUCGCCAUCCUCGUCCACGCCGUCAUCUUCUUCUGCCUCCUCACCAUCUUCGUCGUCGCCAUCGGCGUCCACGUUUACGCCGCCUAAUUACUUAAUUACUUGAACUUCUUCUUCUUCCCGUUCUGCCUGCUUGUUUGGUCAGUUCUUGCGAGUAGCAUUAAGCAGGAACAGGAUGUGCAUGCGUAUAUUUGUAUAGUUCUUGGUGAAGAGAAAUUAAAAUUACCGUUUGUUUCAGUCUGUGUGUAUUUACAGAACAGCGGCGGACGCAACUUUAAAAUAUAGAUGGGACGAAGAACGAUUUGUUCA